GAUUAGUGAGUAUUUGUCUGUGAGACCGGUGAGUGGAUUGUCGCACGAUUAUGCCUGCCCGCAAAGUACCGCAUAUUUUGAAGCUCUCCCCGCAGGAGCAGAAGGAGUUCGUCAACUCCUUCGAUGUAGUAAUGUGUGAUUGUGAUGGUGUUAUGUGGAUGGCAGCGUCACCUAUACCCAGGACGGGUGAAGCGGUGAAUGCGCUGAAGGCGGCUGGCAAGCAAGUGCACUUUGUGUCUAAUAACAGUAUGCGUUCGGAGGAAGAGUAUGUGAAUAAGUUCACCGAGAUCGGAAUGAAGGAUUUUGAAGCGAACGACAUCAUGCAUCCAGUAAAGUCCAUGUUGUACUAUAUGAAGAAGCAUAAUAUAAAGCAACCGGUUUACUCAUUAUGCAGUGGUCCCGGUAAUGAAACGCUACGUCGUGGAGGCGUAGAUGUGCGGACUUUGACCGUCAAGGAAGGCGUGGAUUUUUUUAAUUUGGAAAAAAUCACAGAACCGGAACAAAAAAUGGGCGCUGUUUUGUUUGAUGGUAAUUUGGAAAUGAACUAUGUGCAAGUGGCUAUGGCCGUUCGAUAUCUAGCAGACAAUGAUUGCGAUUUUCUUCUGGGUGCCACAGAGUCGGUUUUUCAGCUGAGGGAAGGUCUUAUGUUUCCAGGUUUAAACGAUUUCUACUAUGCUAUAAAGCGCUCCACUGGACGAGAGGCGACAAUAGUUGGCAAACCGGCACUUUUGCUUGGUGACAUUUUGAAGGACGUCUAUAAAUUGACCGAUCCCAAACGUUGUCUGUUUGUUGGCGAUUCUCUGUCGCACGAUGUACGCUUCGGUCUGAAUUGUGGCUUCCAAACCUUGCUCGUAUUGAGCGGCAGCACACCCAUAGAUGAAAUGUGGCAAGCAAGUGCGGAGGACCAACCACAUUUUUAUGCGGAUAGCAUGGCUGAUUUUAUAGAAUUAUAUGCUAAUAUAAGUAAAAAUGCUUAAGAAUUGAUUUUGUAUGUAUUGCGUGUAUUAUUACUGAAUACAUUUUGAAGUGUUUGUAUCUUUCAUAUAAUUUUUAAGUUAUUCUGGUACUUGAUUUAAAAAAGUGUACUGUAACUACCCGAAACUAGCUUUAUUUUAUUUAUUUAACUCGUAACAGCUUUUGCGAAAUGUAAUUUCUUUUUUUAGAGCAAUUAACUUAUACAGUAAAUAAAUAAUUAAAUUACA